AACCCUUUUCUCUCCUCAUCAAAGCUCGCCGCCGCCGCCACCGCCGCCGCCGCCGCCGUCAGAGCCAGUCCGCCAUGGCUCCGGCGAGGCAUCUCCUUCUCCUCCGGCGAUGCUCCACCACGAAGCUUCUCCUCCCUUUUCUCUCCCUCCAUCCCCAUCCCAUCCCCAAAACCCUCACCCCGUCCUCGUCCUCCACCGUUCGUCGCUUCUUCUGCUCCGAUGAUGGCCUCUCCGAUCUCCAUGGCCGCAUCGUCCUCCUCACCGAGAAGCCAUCCUCCUCCGAGGCUGACGCCGACGCCAUCCGAUCCCAGCUCUCCGACCUCACAUCUCGCCUCCUCUCCCUCCCAGACCCUGCCGACCCCUCUCAGAUCCUCUCCUCCUCCCCUCUCCUCCCCUCCUUCGCAUUUCUCCACCUUCUCUCCCUCCUCCGCUCCCGCCCUUCCCUCGCCCUCGCUGCCUUCGACUGGCGUCGCCACCAUUCCGACUCCCUCUCUCCCCCGAUCCACCCAGAGGAAUACGCCAAGGCGAUCACCAUCGCUGGUCGCAACCACAACCCCGAGCUCGCCUCCGAACUCCUCACUGACGCCCGCAAACGUCGCGUGAUCUCCACUUCCGUUUAUAACGCGCUCAUGGCCGCCUACAUGUACAAUGGCCUCACCAAGAAGGCCAUCUCCGUCUUUGAUGAUCUCAAGCUUGAUCCUGAUUGUAAGCCCUCCGUUGUCACCUACAACAUUCUCCUUUCGGUGUUCGGCCGAUCUAUGAUGGUGACUCCCAUGGAGGCUGUCCUUAGGACCAUUGAAGAGUCUGAGCUCAGUCCCAAUAUCAGCACUUACAAUACAGUCAUUGCUGGGUAUAUUACUGCAUGGAUGUGGGACAAGAUGGAGAGCACUUAUAGGUUGAUGGAGGAGGGACCCGUGAAGCCGGACAAUCACACACACUUGUUGAUGCUUCGGGGAUAUGCGCAUUCAGGAAACCUUGAGAAGAUGGAGCAGGUUUAUGAGUUGGUGAGGGAGCAUGUGAAUGAUAAGGAUGUGCAGUUGAUUCGGGCGAUGAUUUGUGCUUAUUGCAAAAGCAAUGAUCCUGAGCGAGUAAAAAAGAUCGAGGCUCUGAGUAAGUUUAUACCAGAGGAGGAUUAUCGGCCAUGGCUCAAUGUGCUUUUGAUCCGGGUCUAUGCGCAGGAGGGGCUGAUGGAGGCUAUGGAAAGAUUCAUUUUUGAGGCUUUUCAGAGGAACACUAUUGUUACAACGAUUGGGGUGAUGAAUUCAAUUAUAUCGGGCUACUUCCAGUGCAAUGCAGUUGACCGGUUGGCUGGGUUUGUCAGGCGAGCGGAGUAUGCUGGGUGGAGGUUGUGUCGGUCGUUAUUCCAUUGUAAGAUGGUCAUGUAUGGGAAGGAGAAGCGGUGGGAGGAGAUGCAUGGUGUUUUGGAUGAGAUGGAGCUUUUUAGGUUCGAUCCCACAAAAAAGACAUACUUGAUUAUGUAUAAGGCAUAUUCAGAAAUUGGAAGGAGGUGGGAAGCUGAGACAGUAAUUGGGAAGAUGUGGAAACAUGGUUUUGUUACACCUGCAGAAGUUGUCAAUUCCUUGCAAUCAACAUGAACUAAGAUUGGCAUAUUUUCAUUGGUGCAUAUUGCCAUUCACUCGACUGAUUAGACCAAUCAGCUCCUCAUUCGUAUAAAAUUUUGCCAAUUACUGGUAAGAUGGUAAAUACCAAGGCCAUGAAAAUUCUCUCUGGGACCGAUGGUGAUAGCAGAUAGUUAUCUGAAGAUUAGUCUCUAUCAAUCAUGAGACACUUGAGCUAAAUUGAUUGUGAAGGUCCUUGAAGUAUAAACACAUCAACCAUUAUUUUAUUUCAUCAUUUGUUUGUGCAAAAACAAAGACAGAGAUCUCUACAGGAAUCAUCAACCAUCAUCCAUUCAACAAGUUGACAGUCUCACAUGGUUGCUGCCAACAGUGAGCAGUUGGCAGUUAAUAUGCAAUUCCAAAAUCUCCAUCAAUGAUGUCUCUACUGAAAUUGCUUCUGUGAAUGAUAUAUAAUUUUUAAAGCCAUUAUUUGCCCUCUGCUUUGUUCAUAAAAUAAAGAUGAAAAUGAACAUUGAGUUUUAUCAGCAUGUUACAUGUAUGCAGGUAUGAACUUCAAAGAUUGCUGGUCAAUCUACCACAUGCACACUCCACAUGGCUUCCCAGAACUCUGCAGGUACACCAACAGUUCCUUUUCUUUUAAAUAAUAUGUUGGAUGGUUGCUUUAUCAUUUGUUCUUUCUUUGACUACUAAAUGCUUUUUCACAUGUUGAA